CCGCGCGACCGAGCCGACAUUGCGUCGGAUUUGGGCGGGUAUAGUCAGUCCUAGAGCUUGUCAGUUAUAUAUUUUGACGCUAAAAUUGAACAACUCAGAUGGUGGUUCUUCCCCAACACUCGGUUUUGGACUGUUCAAGUAUUGCUCCGGAGUAGUGUCUUUUAUCUGAUAUGACAGAUUCCGGUUUGCUUUUAUCGUUAUGCCGGAAGCUUGGUCAUGGCUUGGAGGAAGUUCGUAAGCGUGCUCUUGACUCUAUCCUAUUAAAACUUGACCGAGGAUUCAUAAAAAUUUCAGAACUCUCUAGCAACAAGGAUUUCUUAGUGAAAUUGCUAGAAUGGUUUGGUUUGCAGCCUUGCCCCUCUCAAGAGGAGGUUCUCAGCCUGAUUUUGAGGAUUCUCAAAGAGAAAGAAUCCGAACACCUUGUUGCUCAAAUAGGAGCACAACGGAUGAUCUUGGCUCUCAACACAAUACGUGAAAAUCUCCCGUCAGAACUUUGUCCUCUCCUUGAUGACAUUGUUGGUGUUGUUCAAAGAGCUCAAAUUAUACAAACUGAAAGGGAAGUUGAAACAUGUUCUUAUAAACAACCAAGCAAUAAAUUACCAGAUGAUGGUUUACAUACUACCAGUAGUCAGGGUGCCUGCCUCCUGGAUGCUUCACUUGAGAAAGCUCUGCAAGAGAACUUCACUUUGCAUGACUCCACUGAAAGUUUCAAGGUUCAGGAUCAGUUUGAGGUCAUCUCUAGCAACGUUUUGAACAAUAUUUUACUCCCGUGGCAGCCCUUAAUAUCUACAGAUCGGCAUGUGCUUUUAGCGGUAGAAAGCUCCUUAACUGACCCAGUCGACCGUUUGCAACUGUUGAAUUCAUGCUCUUUCAUUACUGAUGUCAUGAUGAGAGAUUUUCCCCCAGAAGUUUUUUUGCAGAGACCUGAUAUAAUUACGACAUUUAUGCGGCGGUUGAAAUCAUGUUUAUGUUCGGAUGAUUAUCAAUUAGCAAGUUUAAUUAUUACUUGCCUUUUAACUCUCACAAAUGCCCUGCUUCAACAACUCCAAUGUUAUCGAGAUCCCAAUAUGUCAAACUUAAAACAAGAGAUUCUUUUGCAUUAUGAUGAAGACACUGCAUCUCAAAUAUCAGCUGAGUCUUUGCUCUCCAACAUUGAAAACCAAGGCAAUGUUGAAGGGCUCAGCAAAACAGCAGGCUGGAACUACAUCGGUAAAAUGUCAGAACUACAAGACUCAUCCAUUUCGACCCAGCCAUCUGCUUCACCUUCAAAUAAGAGUAAUGAGGGAUCGCAUUACAGUGAAACACAUAUCCCCACCAAUAGCGUCACGAAUGAAGAGUCUUCAUUGCUUCGGCUCCAACAGUGCAGCAUACCUCAAUUCUGUCUUCUUGCAAUGUGUCACGUCCUUCCUCAUGUUGAUACACAAUCUGAAAGCACUACAUUGCUUUUUAAACUGAGCAGAUUGUUGACUAACUGUGUCACCCCUCAAAUCUGGCUUGCUCCAGCUACUGACCUAAUGGCAACGGAUAUUGCUACACAUUUAUAUGAAAUGCUAGAAAUGCUGGGUGGUGUCUUACAGCAAGAUCGAUCACAAAUUGAAAGCCGUUUGACCCAUCUUCAGUUACUUGCAAUUUCACGUCAGCUCCUACUUCAUCUUGUACCUUUAGAAAUUGCUGAUCGUUGUUUACCUAGGCAAAUGAAAUCAGCAUUAUGUUCUGUUUUGUUCGAUGGUCCACUUUAUUGCUUUUAUCCAAUACUUCAUGCUGAUUUAAGACAAUAUACUCAGACGUUCAGAAAUGUUCGAGAUGUGGACAGCAUUAAGUUAUUCGAAAGUACACUGGUUGUGGCAGAAUCUCUUAAAAGUGCUGCUGAGCUACUUCAACAGCAAAAUGUAGAAGAUGGCUCAAAAUUUGUUUUGAAUACAGAGUAUGCUUUGACCUCACUAUCAUUCCACCAAGAUUAUAGGUUCAUACCACUGAUAUUAAAUGGCUGCUCCAAAUACUAUAAUAGGUGGCAUUUAACUGAGACUGAGAAUCAUACCCUUACAUGUAUUCUAUUGAAACUAUUGGCACAUUCUGACAUAAAUGUGCGACGGAAAGCUUACUCGCAUCUUCACCAAUUGGUUUUGGAGCAUCUUGGUGUACGAAAUCUCUCUCAUCACUCUCCUGCAGAAUCACUUGCAUUUUUGCUGUUUAAUACUCCCUUAUUGCUUGAAAUUACUACUCAUGGAAUAUCUUGUGAAGAUGAUUUGGUUCAAAGUUGUGCUGAGGAUAUUAUGUUACAUGCCUUAAAGGGCAAAUUUGUUCUGGGUUCAGGGUAUUGGGCUCAGUUUUUAUCCUCUUUAGAACCUGUGCUACCACUCUUGCAGUGUUGGUCAAGUAAACCUUCAUCACUAGGACGUUCAAUUAUCACAAUGCUAAAUCCUGAUGUCGGCAGUCAAAUGAGUCUUGGAGCUGCUGAGCUCUUGAAAGGGAAUUUACGUCUUAUGUUUUCAAAAGAUGAAUUUGUUAGGGGAGAAGCCCUCUCAAGAUUAAUAUGGCUUUUGACAAAAGAAGAGGAUGCAUUUGAAAAGCUACCACACAUAGCUACACUUCACAACUGUGUUACAAAUCAUGUAUGCCUUGUUGAAAACCCGGUUGAUAUACUUAGUAAUAUUCCAGAUCAACCAUUUUACCAGGAAAGCAGCUUAAUUCAAGUCAUGGAAAUCAUUGAGUCUAGUGGACUAGAUCCUAGAAUGCUUAUAUCUGCCCUCACACAAAUUGCUGCCAUAGUGGAGGAUCCUAGGCACCAUGAAACAUUCCUUUCACGAGCUGGUUUAAGUUUGUCAGUUGAUUUUUUGCAUGCAGCUCUGCUGGAGAAAAGAUAUGACGUAUAUCCUGAAGUGGCAGUGCCUAUUAUUAGUAUCUUAAAAAGUAUAAGUCUUCAUCAUUCUAUUUCAAGACAUCAGCUUUCAAAAAACAUAAACAUUUUUUAUGGUAUUGUACGAGGACUCUUAAUGUUCCCAUCUGACAAAAAUUUGCAUGUUAAUGCUUCUCAACUCUUGGCUGUCCUCCUGUACAAUGAUGUGGUCAUAUCUGCAUCGCCGCAUGCUCUGGUCGAUGGCUUUGUUGUUCGAGGUUUAUCUAUACCACAUAUAAUUGGUUUAAAGAUGAAUCUUCCUUUUGUUUUCUCAAAACAUUGGAAAACAAGCCAUUACACUGAACCACUCAUGACCGAUAUCUUAAUGCAUCAGAAAGAAUCAAAAACUUUCUUAGCUACUGUUUGGAACCUAAGUUACUUCAAGGAAAAAGAAUCUCCACUUUUUUGGCAAAUUGGAAUGAAACUCUCCAAACCAAUAUUGGAUGCUCAAAAACAAAUGUCUUCGUCUUUGUUACUAAAUGAAAGAAAUUUACUCACUUUACAAGCCUCUGCUAUGUUCAAUUUGUGCCAGAAACAGUUACUAAACAUUCAAGAUGCUGCUACACACUCAGAAGUAGCAAAGUCCUUAGAUGUAUUGAAAAGCAUUUUGUCUCUUUAUUGGAUAUUAAAGAAGAAUAAUUAUCUGGAAGAGCAAUCAUCUUCUGACACACUGCAUUUUAAGCAGUCAUAUAAAAAUUUACCCUGGCGCCAUACAUUUCGGCGCUUUCUAAUGGCCGCUCCUGCAAGUGUAGAUGAUCAGAAUUUAUUGGUGCUAAUUCUGCGAUUUUUGAGGAAACAUGUGUCCUCACUAUACGACUUAGGUUUUCAUUUUAAAGAUGGACGUUGGUUAUCAAAACAACUGCAACACCCAUCUCAACCCCUACCAAACAUGUUCCAUACUGUUGCUCACACUGGCUAUGCUGGAGAUAAUGAAAUGCCUCAGGAACUUGAACAUUUACCCAAAUGGAAAGAACUUUGCAAAGAACUAUUAAAUGUUGUCAAGGAAUGUGCAGAUUUUGAGCAGCACUUUUCAAUAAAGAAAGAUUCUUCCAUUAAAAUAUCAGCAAACAAUCCUUUUAAUUCCGAUAACAAUAAGGAAAAUGAAGGGGAGAAGAAAAAGAACACUCAUAACAAAACAAAACAGAAACCAGAAAUCAACCGCAAAGCAAGUUGCGAAACUGAACUGGAACAAGCUGAUGUCUGGGUUGGAGAGGUGUUAUCCAGUAGCACUGAUAAAGCAAUCCUCAGUCAUGACACAAACUGGGCACAUCUUAUCCAGAAUAUUGUGAAUUGUUUAAAAUCUAGUGACACCCAACAUUUUUACAAUCUGGCUUACUUAGACUGGCUGUUAUGGACCAUUACACAUUUGACGAGCAGACAAGAUUGGAGCAUUGCAAUGUCAGGAGCUCAGUUAAGAACUUUGUUUUCUGAACUUUUGAGUGUUUUAUUGGAGUUAGUUCAAGCUUUCCAUAUAGAAUGUGGAAAAGGUGGAAGCUCUUACAUGGGUCUGAGUAUUACUCGAGCUGCUAUUCUUUGUCUUAACCAUUUACUGGAUGAGAUGAAAAGGCAUAAAGAAAUAAAGUGGGAGGACUUUUUGCAGACAACUACUACAAGAAUGUGCAGUACAGCUAUCACUAUUCCUUGGUUGCCCUCUUUAUUUCAAAGUCGAGAAAUAAUUGUACGAGCAGCAGCAUUGCAAUUUGCUGCAGGAAUUGCAACUUCUGCCCAGGGCCAAGAACAUCUUAAAAAUUUAUUCAUGGGGUCUUCCGAUAUUUGGAUGACACCGUUAUGUAUUCUUCUAGAUCACAGUGAAGCCAGUAUUGUUCGUGAGCAAGCUGCUUAUUUAUUGUCAAACCUUGUGCAAUGCAGAACAUGGAGCGGAGACUGGGGUGCUGGAGAAAGUUGUAAUUUAGAUAUCCUGUUCCAACGGCUAUCUGAGAAUGGCUUUCUACAAGAGAUAUGUGUUAUCCUUGACUGUCUAUCUCUUGCCACUUCCUGGGAGCCAAACAGACAUUUUUCUGGAGAUGUUGGAGUUGGAUUAAUGCAUUGGAAAGUUCCAGAAUCAACCAAAGGGGAAACAAAUUUUUCUCACCUGCCCUCAGAUCAAUGCAUUUUAAUACCAAGAAGUAAUGGAUCUGAGCAAGAAGCUGUUGGAGCUCCAUGUACUCCAUCUUUCAUCGGCAGUCUUUGCAAAUUUCUUGAUUCCGUUAUGGGUAUUAGUGACAAAAUUCUCCAUAGUUUCUCAAAAGAAGGUUUUUCCAGUCAUCUUAUCAGGUGCAUUAACUCUGUUCCUCCCAUGGAUUCACAAAAUCAGAGGGCAUUACAGCUUUACUGUGACACAUUACGAAUGUAUGCCAGCAUAUGUUGCUUAGUGAGCCGCUGCAUUUCUUGCGAUGUGGGGAACUGUCAAUAUAUACAUCAGCAGCCACAAACGUACCAUAAACUUUUACUUUUACUUGAUCCAUCAUUGUUUUCUGUCGAGUCUUUAGCGUUGCAAACUCUACGUGAUGAGCUGUGGACUGAGAUUCUAUGGCUUAUAUCAGAGCUUCAAACCAUUUCUGCUGGUGACAACUCUUGUCAUGAAGAGAACGGUCACUCUGUACUUCAUUCGCUCCUCAUUAGGUCGCGGGGAGAGCCUCUUGCCAGUGUUCUGGCGAUCGCUCUUUCAGGCUCAAUGCACACAAAUUUACAAAGUGCCGCACUCGGCUGUUUGCAAUCUCUAUUGAGCCACCCUGCCAGUGCAUUUGGGCAACCGUUUGCAGUUUUAUUAGAUGAUGUAAAUGCUGAUUUCAAUUCAUCUCUUGUUGCUGCAAAAGAGACUAAUAUGGAAGAUUCGAUUGGUGCCUUGCUUUGCCAUUCUCUCUUGGCACUGUAUGAUGUACAUAGUUUUCAGAUUGGAUCUGUUGACCAAUUUUAUAAAGGGACUUCAGAUUGGCAAACACAUCGAAAUUCUGUUGCGGGUGCUCUCUCAUCUGUGUUGGAAACAUCAGCUAGUGCGAAAGCAAUGGCAUUAAAACAAGGAUUGGUUGAGCUUCUUUGUGCUCAACUGGGAGCAAUCCAGAAUUAUCUUAUUCAAGAACCUGGAGAGACAAUGAAGCGACUUGCAACUAAAAGAAAGGUUUGUCCUAUAUUACAAGAUUUGGAUCUUCUUAUAGGACUUUUAAAUAGUAUUUCAUUACAAAAUACAAAGGCUAAAGAGUUGGCAUCAGAUAUUGGAGUAACAGAUUCCAUUCACAAAAUCUGGACAUGGUGCCAAGCACAACAUUAUCUUUUACUUUCGGUUUUGAGAUUUUUAGCAACCCUCACAUCUGGUUGCCCAUCAGCCUCUCAUUCACUGGUAUUAACAUCCUCUGUGCCUGGUUUAGGCCUAAGGCGAACACCAUCAUCUCAGAGUCUUUUACAUGCUUUAAUAAGCCUUUUUCUACAAGAAACUGAACUUGCCACAUCAAACCACAAUUUGAGUGUGUUGACUACUGUCAGUGGUAUACUUUGCAAUGCAUGUCAUGUGCCAGAAUGUCGCACCAUCAUGACAAAGGGGUGUCUUAUGCGUGGAAUUCAUAAUCUCCACUCCAGUCUUUCAAAGAAAAAUAGGCAAAAGAGGCAUGUUGAAACCAUUUGGCUCAGCCUGCUGGUCCAGCUUUCUGCCUACCAAGAAGGUCAAGUUGUUAUCCCAAAGGUUCCAGAUUUUUUUGAGUAUCUCUUGAACUUAUCUGAAAGUCAAAAUAAGAAUAAUAAGUUAGCUCUACAAAUUCUUCGCAACAUAUCUUUUAGUCUUAUAAAUCGUCCACGGAUGCUUAGCUCAGGUGUGUUUGUCCAUCUUUUAAACAAAAAGCUGCGAGAUGGAGAUACUGAUGAGCAAGUGGCUGCUGCAGCUGCUCUUUGGGCCUUAACCGCCAACAAUCAGAAAGGAAAACUAACAGCAAAGUGUGCUGGAGCUGAUGUGCAAAUUCUGGAUUCCUUGCGGAAACUUGCUGUUUGCCACAAACCAGGUGCUGACUUUGUUGCCCAAUUGCUGAAUUGCGUCUUGAAGGUUUUGCGCCAUGAGCCACGAAGUUCAUUAUCCUGAAAUCUGUUAUUAUGAGAACUAUCUAGCCACAUAGCUGAGUGGUAGUUACUUCUGUAAUUGCAGCUCAAUUUACAAAAGUUGUAAAGAGUGAGCAGUUCUUGAAACACUGAAUUUUCUGCUAGUUAGUACUACUGGUUAAAAUGAAUUUACAGUACAGUAUUGUGUUAGUCUCAGAUGUGUUGCCAGAGCUCUUGUGAUAUGCUGUGAUCAUUUAAUUCUUAGCAUAAGUCUAUUUAAAUGAACUGUAUUGAGUGUUAAUAGUUUAAGUUUCAAUUAAAUUGGUAUAACAAAACUUUA